AUGUCUGAGAUAUCGUACUUGAGUAUAAAUAACGCUCAUAACGGAAUAAUAAUCAAAAUCCCCAAACCCGUACGAUUUCAUACAUUAUCAGAAUUCAAAAAGUACAUCCAACAAUCAUAUCUGAUAGAUAGCGUUGAUAAUCUAUUUCUUUUAACUACAUUUGGAAUUAAACUUAACUAUAAUCUAAUCAAUGAGAUUGGCGAAGUGUUUGUAUACGAUAAGAGAUUAUUUACAAAUAUAGUGGAUCAAUCGCUAAUCGAUCAAUACACACAAUCAACUUUCCGUGUUAGUGAACCCACACACUCACCAUUGCUUAAAAGUAAUGUUGGCUUUUUGAAACAGAAUCUAUCUAGUAAUUUAAAGAUUAAUCAAGGGUGGGCUAGAAUAAUCACCCAAGAUGGUGAAUUAAUGGAUCAAUACUGUCGAGAGUUAAUUCAACAAAUAAAUGUCAUUUUCAAAUGUUUAAAUACAAUAUUUCAAUUUGCCACUAAUUUUACUAAUGAAAUUGAAAAGAAUUUCAGCAACUUUUUCAACUAUGUCAAGCUAAUAAACUAUAAAACCUUGCACAAAUCAUGGAUAACAAACUACAAGAACUUGAAAACUUUUCCCACUUUUAAGAUUGACAAUGAAAAUAUCAAAUUAAGUGAUUUCCUAGAAGUUGAUAGACUACAGUCAUCUGCUGAUUAUAUUGAGAAGUUUUUGCCAUUGAUUGUUAAUAAAUUAAAUGAAUUAAAACAAGUUAUAGAAACCGUAAACGAGGAGAAAUUGACCGUGGACAAGUUUAUUGAAACUUCUCGCAACGAAUCUAUAAGCAACUUUAAAAAUGUCAAUAUUCUGAACGUAUUGAGUCAAUUACAAACAGAGUCACAACAAUUGACUGAUGAUAUUGAGAACCUACACUAUAAAAAUAUGGAUGAAAUAUAUCGUUUACACAGAGAUAAGCUCUCUAUUUCAAUUUACAAUAACGCCAAGGAUAUUUACAAAAAUUUGAAUGACUUGCAACAGUUUAAGAACAAACUUACAAAAGCUAGUUUAAAGGCAUUUAAUACUAUUGCCAAUUUGCAAAUGAAAAUGGUAGGUGUUAAGACUGAGAUGAAGAAAAUAACAACUGAAGAUGAAACCGCCACCGAAGAUUCAAAAGUGGGAGAUGUGAAUUAUAAAACAAUUAGUAAUGUCAAGAAGUAUGAAGACUAUUUGUCGUUGACUAUUGAUUUACCUUUGAUAUUUGGAUUUUCGCUUAUUGAAAAAAGAAGACAAUUUGAAUGGUAUGAUUUUUACUCCAAAGGGAUUGUAAACAAUGUUAGUGAACAGUUAUCAACAAUUAUAGAACACGAAAAAGUGUUUCGUGGAAUAUGGUUAAAGAAAUUUGGUACUUUAUUGUCACUAAUAAAUGAUGAUCCUUUGACUCCUUCUCUUCCAAACAUUGAUGUCACACUUGUUGGUAAUAGGCAGAAUAAUUUCAGUAUACUUUAUGAUUUAAAAAUUGAAAGAGAUGACAUUAUCAAUUACAUUUCUUUGAUUGAAGCUACCAAUAUGUCCAAAAACUUUGUCACUUUGUUAAACAAGAAUUUUAAGGAUUUGAUAGCAUCUACCAAUAAUAUGAAAAAAGUCACCAAAGUCAUAUCAUCUCUUAGCACGUAUACCACGAAUUCAGCCGAUGAUAAACUGAAAUCAUCACACGAAGAGGGAACUGAAGAAGAAAUUGAUUUUGACUUAAACUUGAUAAAGGGAUUAAAGUCAAGAAUAAAAAAGCUAGAAAAUUUAUUACACCAACAACAGUUCAAGAAUUUAAACAACUGGCCAGUUAUUAGGAAUGUUCCUAGCAUGACUAAUGAUAACCGACAAAGUACAAUUAUUCAACCAACAGUAGUAUCACCAGCCAGAACAAACCCUACUCAAUUAUUGCUGAGGAAUCCAUCCACCACCAAGGAAAAUACAACCACAAAUAUUCAUAAUAACCAUCAACAAUCUGAAGUAUUAGAUUCAUCUGUCAUUGACAAGCAUCUUGAUAAUAUUAGAUUGAAAAAGUUGAAUAAUGAAUUGCAAACGAAAAAUACCGAGCUCACAAAUCAGAUCAAUAGUAAGAAUGAAACGAUUACACAACAACAGAAAGAGAUGGAACACAUGAAAUUGAAGACUGAAAAGAGAGUUGAUGAAUUAAUGAAAAAAUUACAAGAAAAAGAUGAGGAAUGUCAGCUGCUAAAACAAGAAAAUAAGAUAAAGUGUGAUGAAGUUGAGAAUCUCACCAAGAAACUUGAACUCAGUGAUAAUCAUAAUAAGGAAUUAGAAGCAAAAAUAACUGAAUACACUCAGAAAGCCACUUCAAAAACCAAAGAAAUUGCUGAUUUAAACAAGACAGUUUCGAAUUUGCGUUCUGAGCUAGGUGAUGCUAUGCAUAUGAAAAAUGAUCUUUUAUCGAAUCUAUCUUCCAAAGAAGCCGAGUUUACUAAAGAACGCAAUCAAUUUAACAAUGAUUUGAAAGCUUUGCAAUUGAAAUUGGAUGAAAUUAAUGAAGAUUAUGAAAAUCUUAUGGAAUUGACUCAAGCAAAACAAAAGAAACAUGAUUUGAUAAUAAAUGAUUUGAAUAAUGUGAUUAUCAAUCUAAUGAAUGAUAUUAAGAAAACAUUAUUGAGUGUUUUUGAAUAUUUUUUGGAAUACUGUUUGGUUUUAGAAUCUAUGGGGUUGUUACUAGUCAAAGAAGAUGAAAUCUACAAAAUCAAACGUGUGAAAGGAUUAAAAUCCAAGAAAUCAAUUGGUGAUGGAGAUAUGCUGAUAAUCUCCAACGGCACUCCAAGCUCUAAAGUUAUUGAGGAGAUUGAGAAUGAAAUAAACAUUGUUAAUAAUAUACCACCUAUAAGUUCUAUUUUGCCAGAUAGUUAUUCGUCUGGAACCGAGAGUGAUUCAGUGGUUGAUAGGUAUAAUGACCAAUCGAUGAAAUUAAUUUCUACAUUCAACCAAUUAUUCAAGUUCAACAAUGAAAAUGAAAAUGAAAAUAGAAUUGAUCAUAUUUUAAAUACAUUGGCAUUCAAAAACAAUGUUCAAUUACAAGAGGAUAGUAUCAAUGACACCAGAUUCUUUUUAAAUGCUAUAUCGAAAAGAUUUAGAGAUGUGGAAGGAUUUGCCAAACGUCAAGCUAAAGAUAAUAAAUUAAAGGAACAAGAACACAGAAAAUUAGUUCAUCGAUUAAAUAGCAAAAUAAGUGUGAAUGGAUUUCAGGAAAAAGAUUUAGUGCUAUUUUUACCAACUAGAAUAGAUCGACCAAAUGGUGAAAACAUACCUAGUAAUGAUAAAAUUCAACCUUGGGCUGCUUUCAAUAUUGGAGCACCACAUUAUUUUUUGAAAACUGAACAAACCAAGAAUAAAGAAUGGAUUAUAGGACGUGUCAAGAAAAUUACUGAAUAUAAGGUUACUGAAGAAAAUGUCCAAUCUUUGGAAUCUAAUCCAUUCCAAUUGAGUGUCAAUGUAACUUGGUAUUUAGUCGAAGCUGACGAAGAAUAA